UGUCUAUGAGUGUUCUAGGGUUAAAGGACGUCAAUCCUGUUACGUAACACCCAAACUCUCGCGAUGUUUGGCUGAUGGCAGUGUCAGAGUGUCAACAACGGAGCAGCAGCGGCAGCAGCGGCAGCGGCGGCACUGUCCGGAGCAGGAGGGGGAGCACAGAGGCUGACUAACCGUCGGAACAUUUGUCCGAGAUGGGGGAUGAUCGACCUUUUGUAUGUACUGCCCCUGGAUGUGGGCAGAGAUUCACAAAUGAAGACCACCUGUCAGUCCACAAACACAAGCAUGAAAUGACUUUAAAAUUCGGUCCUGCCAGAACAGACUCAGUCAUCAUUGCAGACCAGACCCCCACACCCACACGUUUUCUGAAGAACUGCGAGGAGGUCGGACUGUUCAACGAGCUGGCCACCUCCUUCGAGCAGGAGUUUUGCAAAGCACACGAAGACGAGCAGAGGACAAAACAUCAACAACAUCCGGCUGCACAUUUACAGACACCGUCUGAAGUAAAAGAUGAAGACGAGGGUCCUUUACAAGUUGAUUCUUCCUCUCCUGGAAGUCCCGAUUCAUCGUCCUACAUGUCAGAUGACAGCAGAGACUCAAGGGUGAGAGGCAAGGAAUUCAUGACAAAGCCCGUGGCAAGCUCUGCCCCCACUCCAACCAUCGUGCGUCCAGGUUCUCUUCCUCUUCACCUGAGCAAUGACUCACUACACCCAACUCUGCCAUCUCCAACAUCUGUUAUCACACAAGCUCCGCCUUCCAACAGACAGCUAGGAUCCCCAACAAGCGCUUAUCCACUGGUGAGGCAUCUCCCCAACGGGCAGACAGUCCCUCUCCUGCCCAGUCCUGUGCAGAUGACCUCAGUCAUAUCUCUUGCGAGGCCAGUGAACUCAGUGCCUAACAUCCCCGGCAUCCCAGGACCUCCAGUUGGCGGGGCGAGCAGCGGGUCGUCCUCUCCGUCUGGUUAUAGUUUGCAUUCUGAUACCAAGAUGCGGCUGAAGGCAGCGCUAUCACAUCAGGGCACAGGAGCACAAGAUGGUGCUGGUGGGGGGUCAGGAUCCAUCCCUGCUGUCCCACAGCGGCAGGAACAGAGCCAGCAACCUUCUCAAAACUCUGAUGCACCAUCACCCGCCCAACCCCAAGUGUCCCCCGCUCAGCCAACAGGAGGUCGCCGGCGGCGAGCUACAGAGAUGGACCCCGACGAGAGGAGACAGCGUUUUCUCGAGAGGAACCGCGCGGCCGCUUCGCGCUGCAGGCAAAAACGAAAGCUAUGGGUCAACUCUCUGGAGAAGAAGGCAGACGAUCUCGCCAACAUGAACGUCUCACUGACGAAUGAAGUAAGUCUACUGAGGAAUGAGGUGGCACAACUGAAGCAGCUCCUGCUGGCCCACAAAGACUGCCCUGUCACCGCUAUGCAGAAGAAGGCCGCUUUCUUAGCUGCAGGAGGAGAGGAAACCUCCAGGGACACUUCCACUGAACCCAUCGGCUCCCCGGCGGCGGUUAUCCAACACGCGCCGUCACCCCCUGCCUCGGCCUCCAGUCCAGGAGCCACCAUCAACGGGCUGAGUGUCCGUGCAGCGGAGGCGGUGGCUAUGUCGGUCUUGGCCGGCAUGGGAUCGGGCCAGCCGGGAGGCAUCGUCAUGGCGACGCAGUCACAGUCGGCCCAAAGAUGAUGUGCUGACGCGGGUAGCCAGUAUAAACUCAAGUGGCAUUUUUGGAGGCUGGACUAUUGCAAAGUGUUUGAAACCUCCCCCACACCACCAGACUAAGAUCCUCCCCUCACAGCCAAUGAUAAUCACACAAAGACACGGCACAGUGCCUCCGUCAACCCUCCACUCCCAGCAGGCUCCCUGUUCAGAGACGCUUCAUCACUCUCAGUAUGUAAAUAUGAAUAACACGUCGGACACUCACUCUGCAGGGUUUUGGGGUCAUUUCUCGUUCAGUUAUGACGGUUGUAAAAGGUUUUUAGAUUGGGAUAAAACAAACAAAAAAAAAAGUAUGAAUGAGAAUGUCAAUCAUUUAUUUUUAUUUCAUUUAAAAAAAAAAUGCAGCUUCAGCUUCCAACUUUGUCCCCUACACACACGCUGGCUGUGAUGAGGUUGGUUGCUUUCCAAGGUUGAAAAUUGUACUUUUCAGUUGUAAGAAAAGAUUUUUUUUUUAAUGCCUGAUCCUGCUCGUUUGACGUCGUUUUUACCGGUGCGGUAAGUACAGAGAGAGAUGAGCUGGCAGACUGCGGCGAAAAGGAAAAAGCCUGGAAAACGUUUUUCUGUGUUUACUUUUCAACCUGUCCUUUAGUUUUCAGUCUCCCUUUUUGAGUCGAUUCUCUUUAACAUGACGGUUUAGUCGGCCGAGCGCAUAACAAAGCAAACUGCAGACGUGUACACAGUUUUACCCUGUGAGUGUGUGCCUGACUUUUUUUUUGUUUUUUAAAAACCACCGUUUGGGAAUGGAUGCCAUUACAUCAGUCGUGUAUGUAUCAAUCCCUAUUGACUGCAUGGAUUACUCAAGGCUGAAGAUUACCACUGUUUCGUUUGUGCUUCAUUGUAAUAUCACUGUUUAUUGAUCUGCUUUUUUUUUUUUUUUUCCUUUUUCUGUUUUAUAACAUGAAAUUAUUGAUGCAAAAAUUGUCCUUAUAUCCUGUAAGGAGUCCAUCCUCAGUCCUGAUGUAACACACUUGAAAUGGGUUAGCUUUAGAAGGCCUUUUAAAUGAUAAUCAAACAUAUUAGAUUUUAAAUCAUUUAUCCUGGCAUUUCAGUUGAGGAAAAGAGUAGUGCAAUAUAUUUUUCUAUUGAAUAUCAAUGUUCUUGCAUUUAGCUGACGUGUGCGUGCGUCUAUGUGUGUGCGUGUGUGUGUGUGUGUGUGUAUAGCCCAGCCGCUGAGAGGGGUUCGGUCUAUUUCGUUCGAAAGCUAAAGUUAUGAGGUCGACCAGAGAAAAUGUGAAGAUGAAUAUCACGAAUGAAUGAGAGUGGCAGUUAGUGCACGUCUGUAGAAGAUUACAGACGUCCUAAUCUUUGGGUCAUGAAGUAGACGUAGUACUUGUGCGAGGUGCUUCUUUUGACAUCUAAGUUUUAAAACUGCAGAUUAUUUUAUACCGCGUAGAAACUUCCAAGACUAUCAUGUCGUUUUCCCCUUGUCACUGUUUUUUUUUUUUUUUUUUUAUAACGUCAUUGUUUUAAGAUUUUUCUCUGUGGGCAUGUUAUGCUUUUUUUUCCUUCUCCAUUGUGUGAUAGUAUAUCCCCUUUAUUUUGUUUCAGAGGAUAGAUUGUCUUAACAGAGGUUGAACCACAUGAAAAAAAACAAGUCUCGGAGAUCUCUGUACGGAGUGAGUUUGUCAAAUACUCAGGCCUCAAGAUGGGAAAAAUUACUUGUGUAUAGUCUCAACUAAUGAAUAAGUUGUCUCGGGCAAAUAAUAAAAUAAAUUAAUGAAAAAAAGUGAAGCGUGCUGUUACCUGUCCUUACUUCCAGUCACAGAGGUAAGCACCAGUGAAUGCCCAGUGAUCUUUGAAAAAGCCAGAAGUAUGAAUGUAUUUCCAAAAUCCUUAAAACUGCUGUCAACGUUUCAACAUUAAAAAUGGAUUGUAUGACUGAGUCACCAACACUGAUGA